CCAAUGGGUUGGUGAGAUCGAGACUACCCCAUCGUCACUCCUCCCCUCCUAUAAAAAUUGGAAUUGAGUAUCAGAUCUGCAUCUACAUCUAAACUCCCAAUCUCUCUCUCUCUCUCUCUCUCUCUCUCGACCAGAAGCAACAAGCAAUUCACAAUGGUCUCCGAAGGGAUUCUUCUGGGUAUGGGCAACCCCCUUCUCGACAUCUCAGCUGCUGUAGACGAAGCAUUCCUGCAAAAAUACGAUGUCAAGUUAAACAAUGCGAUUCUGGCAGAGGAGAAACACUUACCCAUGUAUGAAGAGAUGACUGGCAUGGACAAUGUUGAGUACAUUGCUGGAGGUGCUACUCAAAAUUCAAUUAAAGUGGCUCAGUGGCUGCUUCAAGUUCCAGGGGCAACUAGUUACAUGGGUUGCAUUGGGAAAGACAAGUUUGGUGGGGAAAUGAAGAAGAAUGCCAAACUUGCUGGUGUAAAUGUCCACUAUUGUGAAGAUGAGGUUGCACCUACUGGAACAUGUGCUGUUUGUGUUGUAGGUGGUGAAAGGUCACUUAUUGCAAAUCUUUCGGCUGCAAAUUGUUACAAAUUUGAGCAUUUGAAGAGGCCAGAGAACUGGGCACUUGUUGAAAAGGCCAAGUUUAUCUACAUUGCUGGAUUCUUUCUCACCGUAUCCCCAGAAUCCAUACAGCUUGUUGCUGAACAUGCAGCUAAAAAUAACAAGGUCUUCACAAUGAACCUCUCUGCUCCAUUUAUCUGUGAGUUUUUCAAGGAUGCGCAGGAAAAAGCUUUGCCAUAUAUGGAUUUUGUCUUUGGCAAUGAGACAGAAGCAAGAACUUUCUCAAGAGUUCAUGGCUGGGAGACUGACGAUAUUGAGGAGAUAGCUCUGAAGAUUUCCCAGUGGCCUAAAGCAUCAGGAACGUACAAGAGAACUACUCUUAUAACUCAGGGAGCAGAUCCUGUGGUUGUUGCUGAGGAUGGGAAGGUGAAGAAGUUCCCUGUGAUACCUCUACCAAAAGAAAAACUUGUUGACACGAAUGGAGCAGGUGAUGCAUUUGUUGGAGGGUUUCUUUCACAAUUGGUUCAGGGAAAUCCCAUUGAGGAAUGUGUGAGGGCUGGCAUAUACGCGUCCAAUGUCAUCAUCCAAAGGUCUGGCUGCACAUACCCAGAAAAGCCUGAUUUUAACUAAGUUGUUUCCUUCCCCCUCCCCAUGCUGCUAUCGAGAAAUUUUGCUUGUUGAGAAACUUAUUUCUGGUAUUUAGAUUUGUUUGUUGUUGAUUAUGUGCUGGUCAUCAGUAAGGCUGAGUAGGCUCAAUGGUGCUAUUAUCUGAACGGGAUUUGAUCCCUGAGAGGAAAAAGGAAAAGAAAAUAACAGUUUUUAUUUGAUACUGAAUGUAACUAUAACUCAGGCUCGAGAUAUCACAAAUUCAUGAAUAGCUGCCUGAGGCUAUUGUUCAUGAUGGGUGUUUGUUUUUUAUGAUCCUAAGGAUUCUGCAUCAGUA